AUGACGUCUCCAUUCCAAUACGAACACCCAAACGCUCACAUGGGACACGCCAAUCAUGCAGCAGUCCCACCCAAAACAGUCUAUAACACUGCAAGUUUUACUUCCGGAACCGCCACAACUACAGGCAACUUAACCCCUAAGAUCCAUAAUCUUAUUCAUGCCGACAACAGUAACAGUCAGGCCGAACAUUUCAACUCCUUUGUGCCAUUAUCAGGAAAUUCUACAGUCACUCCGAUGCCAUCCACGAUGGUGAAAAAUAACUCAUUUGAAACUAUAAGUAAGUCUCCUAAAGAGGCCAAGAACUACACCUCGGGUGUUAAACAUACCAAGAAGACUACGAAAAAGAAGCAGGCUAAUAAUGAAGAAAAGCACUUGAUCUCCACCUCGUCUCCUGAAGGUAUUGCAGCUGCUUCUGAAAUCACCCCUAAUAGGAUCGCCUCAAUCUUGAUCAAAGAAGGUCCACUUCCUAUCCGUCAUUUAACUGCACACUUGAUUGAACAGGUUCCUGCUUUUGGACACUUGUCUCUUUCCAAACAGAGAAGACUAAUCAUGGCUGCAUUAGAAUCCGGUGAUUUAAUCACUGGAUGUGUAUUUGAAAAAAUCGGAUGGGGUCAAUGGGAGGCCAGAUUGGUUAGCAAAGAUCUAGUUAAAACGAGAAUUGAAAAUAGCACCCCUUCAACGACUAUAUCAAAUAUCAAUUCCUCAAAUACUUCAAUCGAUGCAGCAACAGAUAAUAUAAAAGAAAAAAUUGGUUCUUUAUCUCCACCCCCAUCUACUGGUGAGUUCGUUACAAAUGAUAAGAAGAAGCUAAGAUCUGUGUCUGCAUCCGUUGCCACUACAAGAAGAGAAUCUAUCACUGCACAUCUGAAUGAAUAUUCGGCACUCCCUACCUCUCCAACGUUAGGACCAUUAGGUCAUUUUAGGAAGGACCUAGCCCACUAUGGCGAUAUCGACGAAGCAAUAGAAUCUUCUUCUUCAAUGUCCGAUGAUGAAGAAAUUGAAGAACAUGCAUUGAAUAAAGUCUCCAACGGAACUUCGUUCAGUAGACAUUCACCUGAUUAUGAUUAUUCAAACACCCAAACAUUGUAUGGAGGUAAACAAAAAGGUCAGAACAUUCGUUCACCAUCUGUUCCAUCCUCACGCCGCCCUUCAUUUGCUGGUGUACUAAAACCAAGGAAGCCAAGAACUUCAUUCAACCAACAAACUUUAGAAGCAGCUCUAGAUGAUGCACCCAUGGAGAGAAGAGAAUCAAGGGUUUCCUUUUCAAAUUCUUCCAAUUUAUCACGUCAAUCCUUUUUGAGAACAAUAAUACCACAACGUUCGAACAACCUUAGCUCCAAUUCUUCACACGAUAGAGAUGAUGAAAAUGCUAUAGUUGAUGAUGAAUCCGAGUCACCAACCAAUAGUAAUGAGCCUAGAAGCGAGGGAUCAAAUUCAAAUUAUACAGAUGAAGAAGAUUGGAAAUCCUUGGGGCCUUCUUUAUUGAAAAGAAAAGGACAACAUUCCAGUAUAUCCACUGUGUUUCCAUCUGCUUUCGAUCCAAAUAAUCCGAAAAAUAACGGCAAAACAACAGAAGAGUUGGCUGCUAUCGCUUUAUUAGACCUUAAGUCUGUUUAA